GGUGUUGAACUGUCCUCCUACUGGUCACAGGCUUCAAUGGGAGGUCUGCUGCUGUGGCAUCAGAUCAAACUGGAGCUGUUUUUCCACACUCAGAGCUCCACCAACGAUCCUCUGCGGUUCCGCUAAGAGCGACGAUGGACGAGGAGCGAAGCGACUCUCCGGAUCUGACGGACAUAGAGACCAAGUUGGGGCGCAAAGUUCCGGACGGUCUUGUUCGUUCUCUAGCGGGAGGAACUCACAGCGACAGGCAUGAGCACGAAGAGUCUGCAGCUCCGCAUUUAGACAACUGCAAAUUCUGCGCAAACUCUGCGGACCUGAAGAGACUGCAGAGUAAAAUGCUGAUUUUGAGACAGGAGAUGGCAAACCUGCGAGCCAUCGACGUGAAGCUCAUGCAGCAGCUGAUGACGAUCAACGAGGGCAUCGAGUCCAUCCGAUGGAUGAUGGAGGACAAGGGGGAUAUAACCAGCCAGGAUGGCAGCUUGUCUGGCAGCUUGUACAGCCUCUCAGACAGCCAGGAUGGCUCCUUCCUGCGGGGCAGCUAUAACAGCCUGAAUGACGGAAACAGCGACGGGUUGGACGGCCUCUCUGUGGGAAGUUACCUGGACACUCUGGCAGAGGACCUACCUGGGGACUCCUCGCCAACGGACCUGGAUCAUUUAAUGGAUAAAACUGUCAUCUCUAGUGACUCCUUCACUAAAGCCCCUUUGAAACUGAGGGUGGAAUCCGAUGAAUACUACUGCUUUAGAUAACAGUGAUAAGCUAUAAAGAAUUGGUUCAUACAACUACUGAGAUAUUUGAUGUACCCAACUCAUCUGUCCCCAGUGUUUGAUUUUUCCCAGAUUUUAGACGACGCAUAGAUGUCUGGGAAUGUUACAUUUUCCCUUGACACUCUCCUGAAGUGGAUUACCAAAACCUCAAAUACUUUUUACCAAAUGUCACUAGAUGCAAGAGAAAUCCUCUCUGUAGCAAUGACUGUACUAUUUUAACAUGUUUGAAGUAAAAGAAAAGAUACUUGGCUAUGAUUAAUGCUUUAUAUUUAUUGUUAAAUGACCCCACAUGUCUGUGGUUUUCAUUCAAAGACAGGUUGGAUAAAAAGUUGGACCAACAGCUGAGCAGCAGAUUUUCCUCUCCUUCUAAGGAAAACUCCACUCUGCUGUGUUAGUCACAAUCAGCUGAUCUGGAAAAAAAAGAAAUGCAUUGGGGUUUUAGCAACCAUUUGGAAUGCUAGACAUUUUAUGCUGAAGAUUUGAACUUGUUUAACUCUUUCAGAUGGAAAUGAGUUAAGUUUUAAGCAUCACAGCAAGUGCAAUUAUUUUUUAUGC